CUUUUUUUCCUCCAUGCUCAGAAGGCGGUCCCGCGACAACACCACCCCUUCAGCCACGCCAUCCCGCAGCGUUGACAAGACUUUCUAUUCGGGCACCAGGCAACUUGGCGUCCGUUCAGUACGCUGUCUGCUCGAGUCCGCGGCCCCGUGGUUAUCGGACAUCAAGCGAGCUUCAACGACCGCAUCGCAAUCGCAGCAACCAUGGACGUUCACCGCUGUCGCUUCGUUCCCUACCAGCCCUCGGCCAUCAAUGCGGUCGCCUUCUCUCAUCCCAAGACGAGAACCGCAAAGCGCAGCACCGUCGCGAGGCUGGCGGUUGGCCGCGCCAACGGCGAUAUCGAGAUAUGGAACCCGGGUAACGGGACCUGGCACCAGGAGCAAGUCAUCCGGGGCGGCAAGGGCCGCAGCAUUGACGGGCUCGUUUGGGUCAACGAAGCCGACCAGGACCUGGGCGAUGGCCGCGUCCUGAUCGGGAAGUCGCGCCUGUUCAGCAUCGGCUACACUUCUACCGUCACCGAAUGGGACCUGGAAACGGGCAAGCCCAAGCGUCAUGCAAGCGGCCAGCACGGCGAUAUCUGGUGUCUCGCAGCACAGCCCUCCGGUUCGACCGACGGACCCAUCUCCGAAGUACAAAACUCAAACAAGCUUGUUGCUGGCACCAUCGACGGCGAGCUGGUCAUGCAUUCGCUCGAGGACGAUGACUUGCGUUUUCAGCGAGUCUUGGUCAAGUCUCCGACCAAGAAGGCGCAGAUGGUCAGUAUGACCUUCCAGUCGCGCAAGGUGGUCAUCGUCGGCUGCUCCGACAGUACUAUCCGGGCCUACGACAUGACCAGAGGACACCUGCUGCGGCGGAUGACUCUCGGGUCCGACCUGGUCUCCGGCGCCAAAGACAUCAUUGUCUGGUCUGUCAAGUGCCUACCAAAUGGCAAUAUCGUCUCUGGCGAUUCUACGGGGCAGAUCUGUAUUUGGGACGGCAAAACAUACACACAAGCCCAGCGCAUUCAAAGCCACAAGCAGGACGUCCUGAGCCUCGCCACGAGUGCCGAUGGUACCGCCAUCAUGAGCGGCGGUAUGGACCGAAGAACGUUCUUGUACAAGCAGGGUUCUGGAGCGGGCCAGCGUUGGGGCAAGGUCUGGGGGCGGCGUUAUCAUGACCAUGAUGUGAAGGCUAUGGCGUCAUUUGAAAACGGCAACAUCAGUGUUGUGGUUUCAGGAGGCCCCGAUGCCAACCUCAUGAUUGUACCUCUCAAGGAAAUGGGCCGCGAGAAUCACAGGAUGUUGAGCAACCUGCCGCACCAGCCACCGCUCGCAAGCGCCGCCAACGCGAGAUUCAUGGUCAGCUGGUGGGACCGGGAGAUUCACAUAUGGUCCCUCAGGAAACCCGCCACCGACCUAUUUGAGUCGGGCGGCGACGACGGCGACAUUAACCAAAAUCGCAAGCUUCUAAAGACGAUUGUUGUCAAGGGCGAUUGCAACAUUGCUUCUGCGGCGUUGAACCAGGAUGGAACCCUCCUCGUAGUCUCUACGCCCAUCGACGUCAAGGCCUUCCGUCUCGAGCAUCAGGACCCGACCAAACCUUCAGAUGUGAAAAUUCACGCCCUCCAGCUUCCAGAGCAGCUUACGCGUCUUGGAGCCACGCAGCUUAAGCUCUCACCCGAUGGGAAAUGGCUCUUGCUGGUCCAAGAGGGGUCGCGUGUCUUGAUGGUACGGAUUACCCUCGAUGCGACCAAGGAGGGGUCGCCCACCGUUGGUAUCAAAGUCCAGCGGCUCGCCCGGCUGCGUCGCCAUGUACCAAAACACAUCAUGAACGGCGGCUUGGGCGGCUACGACCGGAGCGUCACACAUGCGACUUUCAGUGCGGACUCGAAAAUGGUUGCGGUUGCCGACCUGGCUGGCUACGUGGACACGUGGAUCUUGCGCGGCCACGACGAGAACCUAGGAAAAGGUAAAGCUGUCGGCGGCGCCGAUGACGCGGCUUCGCUGUCGUCGGAUAGCGAGUCAUCUGACGAGGAAGCCGACGCUAUCGAUGUCGGUGAGCAGUGGAUUCGCAAUGCGAACGCGAAGCAGUUGCCCAAGUUACCCUCCGCAUCCGUGGUGCUGUCCUUCACGGACGACGUACCCGGGUCCGGAGAUGCUACGGCGGACCACGACUAUGUUCUUGUCGCCAUCACGUCGUCGUGGAACGUUCUCGCCUUCCAUCCCCGUUUAGGCGCACUCACUCCUUGGUCCCGAAGACAUCCCCGAAAGGCCCUUCCCGCGGCGGUACGGGAUCUGCUAGAUCUGCCCAAAGGCAUAUUCUGGCAGGGGUCAAGGAUGUGGGUGUAUGGCGUGUCAUUUCUCCUCAUGCUGGACAUGGACCAGGACCUUCCCAUGCCUGCAGCAGACGUCGACGGAUCCGCAGAGACUCAGGUGACUCAAGGAACCAAGAGAAAGCGGAUCUCACGAACAACUGGCGCUGGUGGCAAGAUGGAGCGAGAGAACCUCGCGCCUCACAAAGUCCGGAAACAUGGAGAGGAAGAGAACUACGAAGACCUCGAUGUGGGGGAGACGCCGAAGGUGGAGGAGAGCGAUAGCGACGAUGACAUGGCUGACGCCGACGGGGAACUCGCUGAGCUCCGCAACAACGCCAGCAAGACCGUCGUCCAGUCUGACGAAACGACCGACGGGCGCAAAAAGUGGUGGAUCACGUACAAAUAUCGCCCCAUUCUAGGCGUCGUGCCCGUGAACCGCGCCGGACAGCCGCUCGAGGUUGCGCUGGUGGAGAGACCGACGUGGGAUGUGGAGAUACCCGACCGAUACUUUGCCGGCCACGAGCGGGAGAAUUAUUGAGCAAGGAGUACGUACGUGUGCGCGUCCAGGAGAGGGGGUAGCCCCUCACAUAUCGGACAGUUCGGGCUGGGGUGCGUUUGACGUGGCCCCAGCAUAGCGAGGGCAUGUCUCGCGCGUGACGACUGUAUCUAAAACUUGCCACAUAUUGUAACUACAAGGCGUCGCGGUAAAGGGCGGCCUCGGAAAUCUCUUUCCAGGAUUAUCAUACGGCUCAGCCGCACGAGCUGACACGUUUUUGCAAUCUCAAAGUGGUUUUCUUGUCCGUCACGAGGCCCUGAUCGCGCGGCCGAGUACGUCGUGCCUCACAAGCGAGUGCCCCAGGCGUGCGGUCACAGUCCGAG